GACAGCGGGCAGCCUCAGUCGCGAGGACACACACAGUUGCGCAUCUGAACAAGCAGAGCUGCUUCCAGCUGAGCAUGUCUAAAAGACUUGUCUGACCUGGUCUCAGUUGACUUCCCCGGGGAAGUGGAACUGGAGCUUGGAGUUGCUUUUGUUCACCACACCUGGGAGUCCCUGGAGAAGACAGCGGCACUUUUUUCUCUUUUUAGAGCACAGACACGCUACCGUCAGAACAAUGAGGCUCCCCACACUGCGACCCUUCCUGGGACUGACGACCUGUACUUUGCUCCUUAUGUCGCCGCUGUUCGGGUCCUGUCAUCCAGCUCAGUAUCAAGCUCAGACCAGGACCGUGUUGGUGGAGCAGUUCGAAACCCACGGACUCGGCUUCCCCUGGAGAAACCUCACCUGUCCCGUUUGCAAAGCGAUCUUCACCAUUCUUGACAUCGCACUUCUGAGCAGUGCAAACGAAGAGCGGGUGGCACAUGCAGUCAGCGAGGCAUGCAUCCGUUUGCAUCUGGCUGAUGAGCAGGUGUGCCGCAACAUAACCGAGCUGUUCAGGGACGACUUCAUCAGGGCCUUGCAGCAGUCUGUGCUGUGGCCCACCGAAGCAUGUGCGGUAUUGGUGGGGCCUUCGUGUGGCACAUUUGACAUUUACGCACCGUGGAACAUCACUUUGCCAAAGGUUCCCAAGCCUCCUGUUACGCCACCCUCACCUCCUAAACCUGGCUCUCCACAGAGUAGGGUGCUGUUUCUCACAGAUAUCCACUGGGACAAGGAAUAUGAAACUGGCAGCGCUGCUGACUGCAAGGAGCCUCUCUGUUGUCGGGCAGACUCAGGUGUUCCCAAAUGGAAGCGGAGAGGAGCUGGUUACUGGGGAACCUACAGCAAGUGUGACCUUCCUCUACGCACGGUGGAGAACCUCCUGGAAAAUGCUGCUAAAGUCGGACCUUGGGACUGGGUCUACUGGACUGGAGACAUACCAGCACACAAUGUCUGGUCUCAGACCAGAAACCAGCAGCUGACAGAGCUCACGGUCAUCUCCAAACUCAUCCACAAGUACCUGGGAGCCAAUGUGACUGUUUACCCUGCAGUAGGAAACCAUGAGAGUACACCAGUGAACAGCUUCCCGCCACCGUUUGUCCACGGCAACCGAUCCUCUGCCUGGCUCUAUGAUAAAAUGGCAGAGGAAUGGGCGCAGUGGUUGCCAGAGCAGGCGUUGAAGACUUUAAGAUAUGGAGGGUUCUACACACUAGAGAUUCAGCCCGGGCUGAGGGUGGUCUCCCUCAACAUGAACUUCUGCGCACGAGAAAACUUCUGGCUGAUGGUGAACUCCACUGACCCUGCUAACCAGCUGCAGUGGCUGGUUCAAGUUCUGCAGGCCAGUGAAGACAGAGGAGAGAAGGUGCAUAUCAUUGGUCAUAUUCCACCUGGCCUGUGUCUUGGCAGCUGGAGCUGGAACUACUAUCACAUCGUCAACAGAUAUGAAAGCACAAUUACUGGGCAGUUUUUUGGGCAUACCCAUCUGGACGAGUUUCAAAUGUUUUACGAUGAGGAAACCAUGACCCGGCCUUUAGGAGUGGCUUUCAUUGCCCCCAGUGCCACCACUUAUGUCAAUCUUAAUCCAGGGUACCGCAUCUAUUAUGUCGAUGGAAAUUACAAAAACAGCUCUCGGCUUGUGCUUGACCAUGAAACCUACAUCCUCAACCUGACAGAGGCAAAUCACGACCCAAAGUCACCAGACAAUCCAGAGCAGAACCCCAAAUGGAGCCUCCUGUACCGGGCCACUGAAGCUUACGGCCUUUCCAGUCUGUUCCCGUCUGAUUACAACACACUGCUGCGAACCUUUAUCAACGACGACCGCACCUUCCAGAAGUUCUGGUACCUCAGACAUAAAGGACAUGUAUCAGAGUCCUGCAGAGAGGCAUGCAAAACCACAAUGCUCUGCUUUUUGCGAAGUGGACGCUCUGACGAGCUGGACGAGUGUGACCAUCUCAAUGGUUUUGCAGGAAACUUGGCUCGGGCUGCAAGAAAAACUCUUUGUUGACCUGAUGGAGGCUAGAUUUUUAAACUAGAUCAGGAGUGGAUAGCAACAUGACCAAAUAUGAGCCAAAACAGGUGUUGCAAAAUAAUCAAUAACAGUUGCACACAUUUUAAAAGUUAAGCUAAUAUUCCAUUUUGGAAAUCCUAUAAGAGUGCUGUUUUCAAUCAGCCCCUUAGCCGAGUUGAAAUUAGGCUUUUAGUUCAAUAUUGUUAAGAAGGAUGUCUGGGAUUUACUGAAUAUUCAGAUGCACCCAUUAUGCAAAGUCUGCAUAAUAACACCCUGAAACAUUUUUUGUUACUUGAAAUGGACAAAGCAGUUACAUUACCGUACUGCGAUCAUCGUUUUAGCUGUUCAAAUGAAAUGGGUGCCUUUUAUCAGGGAAUGAGUAAACAUGCUAAUAAUUUGCUGCUUUACAGCUGCUUAAAUUUUUUUACAUUUCCUCGUAUUUUCUUUUCAGAGUGUGAGAUGCAGCUGAGAAAGCCUGCAUACAAACUGAGGAUGGGACAUUGUAGCAGUAUUAGCAUUACCUAAGAUUUAAGGAUUGUAAAAAGGCUUUUAAGUCCGACACUGGCAAAUACAGAUUAGACUUUUGUAAUUUUCAGUUUUGUGUUACAAAGCCGUCCAUAAUUUUAACAUUAUUUUGUUUGUUUCCUUAGCUUGCACUUUAUUUGAUUAGAAAAAAUUCUAAUGAAUCAAUGCUAGAACAUGUCUUCUUUUCAGAACUGGCUUAAUGUGAGAAUACCUAGCAAUUAUGAUACAAUUUGAAAAACAAGCCAAAAACAUGCUUGUCUGCAUGACUGCAAAAAUAAAUCUUUGGUCUACCGUUUACUUUGUGUUGAUAAUGCAAGUUAAUACCUCCAUAUUUACUUCAAAAGGUCAUAAACAUCAUGAAGGUCAAGUUUUAGGGGUUUAGUUUUAGGUAAAUAUAUAACAAAAGUACAAACCAGCAAUUUGUAUUCUCUGCGUCUUCACCGAAAUUAAAAGAAUGCCCUUCAACACACUGAAA